UCCCAUAUUAUGAGCGUGCGUUCGAAAAUCAGUUUUUUGGGUACAUUUUUAAUUCAAUAUUUUGCUGCAUUCAUCUGCCAAAGUCAUGACUGAAGAAUCGGAAAUCUACACCUAUCUUCGUUCGGUAAGCUGCUGUCGAACUUGUUGCUUGCGUUUCCUUAAUGGCCGUGCCGAGGAUUUUCUGAACGUUGAGGAUGGUCUUAGGAAGCGAUCAAUUAGCCCUAGCAUCACUGAUCUACCAUCAGACGACGACUGCAAUCCUCCUAAGCGCAUCCGUGAGAAUGUUUGUGUCGCCUGUCUGGGAGUAUUCGAUUCCGGCCUAAUGGAAACUCUGUUGGACCAGAUUCGCUCCAGCAGUGAUUUCAAGCAGUACCAAUGCCAAGGCUUCACCAGCUCAAUUUUCCUGCCGAUUGUGUUCCAUCUGCGACAGCUGUCGCUGUGGAUUGCUCUCGUGGAGAAGUUUCCGGCAAGAUUCAGCAAGGACUCUUCCCCUCCGGAUGUAACUGUGAAGGAUGCGUUUAAAAUGGUACUGAACAGGAAGCUGGAGGAGGCUUUGGGGAAACCCUUUUCGGUGAACGGAAUAGCGAUCAACAUCCUAUUCAAGUAUGCGAAAGAAGACGAGGAAAUCCGACUGCUGGAGAAAGUUAAACCGGGAUUGUUCGCCAACCGGAAGGCGAACAAGCACUGCCGCAAGGAGUUUAUCACGAGAAAUGCGUUCGAAAAAAAUUUCACUCCUAGUAGUGUGAACGUGGAUCAGUAUCGGAAACAUAUCUCUGUGCCACCGAUGGUCCAGGACGAUGGUAUAUUGCUGGAGAAGAUCAGUUUUACGGGUCCCACGAUAUUUCUCGCCGGGAGAUACAACAAAAUUUCCCGGGAGCUGAGCCAAACUCCGUGGGUGAUCGAUGGGAAGCGUAAGAUGGAAAACAGUGUACAGGAGAUCAUGACGUCGGUGAUUGGACCGUACUUUGGGGUUCCGGAGGACUCUUUGAUAUUCAGUUCUAGUGGCCGGGAGGAUGUGGAUGUUCGCUGCUUGGGGGAAGGUCGCCCGUUUGUACUGGAAAUUCCUGGUGCUUUUAAGGACUUCCUAGAAGAAUCAGCAGCUGCUGAGAUGGAGAAGGCGAUCGACAAAUCCAAGCAGAUUUCAGUGAAGGAUUUGCAAUUGGUCGAUAGAGAGGAAUUGACUCAUAUUAAACACGGGGAAGAGGAUAAACGAAAAUUCUACCGAGCGCUAUGUGUCCUGGAUCGACCGGUCUCGCUCGAGGUUCUAAAGGCACUCAACACCGAGGAACCGUUUGUGAUCGAACAGUGGACCCCGUUGCGUGUUCUGCACCGAAGACCACUGUUGCCCCGACCCCGCACGAUCCACAGUGUGAAGGCCAUGGCUUGCCAGAACAACGAACGUGCGAUUGUCAUCGAUGUCGUGACACAGGCCGGAACCUACAUCAAGGAGCUGGUCCACGGUGAUUUCGGCAGGACGAAACCUAGUUUUAUGAGUAUCAUCGGACAACCAAUCGAUAUCCAUGCGCUGGAUGUGAUGGCAAUUGAUCUGGACUGGCCUAAACGGCUUAGGAGGUAAGUACGACCCAUGUGGAAGAAUAAAUGGUCCACUAGAAUGGA